AUGGGUCUUCAUGAACAAUUCCCAGCGUAUGGUGGGCGUGGCCCUGGCGACCUGCGCCUUGGUCUCGCCCUGGGUUCUCUUGCUACUGUCGUCAUGGCCAUGCGUGUGUAUGUGAGGUUGCGGGUAAACAAGUUUGGCACGACUGCCUUAAUUUGGUCUCUGAUGGCCUGGAUGUUCACAGCCAUCACCCAAAUCCUCGGCAUCAUCUCCGUCCUCCAUGGCCUAGGGAACCACAUCACCAUCGUCACAAAAACCGGCGAACUACACAAUUUCCUUCUUUUCACCUGGAUCACUGUGUUCUUUUUCAACCUCGCUAUUCCCACGGGAAAGGUUGCUGUGGCUGCGUUCCUGAUUGAGAUGAACGGUCAAAGCAAUCCUAAGAUCCGUCGCAGUCUGAUCAUCCUCGCCGUGGCCAACAUCAUCCUCAACAUCCCCCAGGUCCUGAUGGUGUGGUUCCAAUGCACGCCAGUGGAUGCCCUCUGGGAUCCUCUUCGUCAGAGCCACUGCGACCACCGGAAAAGUGUCUACUACACGUACUUUGUCGGGGCCGUGGCGGCCUUCUCGGACUUUUAUCUGGCCAUCAUCCCCAUCAACAUGCUGAUGCCUCUCCGCAUCGACCGCAAACUGAAAUGGGGUCUGAGCUUCCUGAUGGGCUGCGGUAUAUUCGCCGGAGUAGCAGCCAUUGUCCGGACCUGGGCCGCCAAGUUCAUUUUGAGUGACGACUCAUCCUACGGUGUCGGUGUCCUCUUCCGCUGGGGCGAAAUCGAAGAAUGGGUCGUCCUCAUCACCAUGUCCAUCCCCCCGGUGUGGCCGCUCUUCCGGCCCUUCACGCACAAAUUCAUCAAAUCAACCAGCUCUCGCAGCCAACCCCGAAACUACCAACAGCCCUACGGCACAUCUGCCCCCGGAGACCGGGCAUCCCUGGCUCCGCCGCCUCUCGUUACCACCACCAUUUCUAUUUCCUCGUCCAAAGAACCCACCCCGACCAGCGUGCCGGUCGGGGCAUCGUCGGACUCCGUCUCGAAAUAUAGCGAUGACCAUCAAGAGGUUCCGUAUAAUGUCCUCAGCGACAAAAAUAUGGAGGCUGCUUGGGUGCAGCUCUCGGACUUGGAGAAGAAUCCGUACCCACAAUAA